GAAGGGCCACAAGAAGGGCUGCCAGUUCCAGGGCUGCCAGUGUGACAAAUGCAUCCUCAUUCUGCAGCGCCGGCGUGUCAUGGCUGCCCAGGUGGCCCUGCGCAGGCAGCAGGAGAUGGAGCUGAGGAAGCAGCUGGCCAGGGGAUUGCUGCGGCUCAGAGACGGCUGCACCACGGCCUCUCUGGGCUUGGCCCACCGCUGCGAAGGCAAAAAGCCAAAGGAGCAAGCAGCUGCAGCUGCAAAGGAAAAUGCCGAGCCAGGCUCCAUGGACGGAUGCAGCCAACUGGAGCCUGCAGGACCCACCAGCAGCCUGUGGCACCAACCUGCCAGCAGAGGAAUGAGGGGGGAGAAUGCUGCACGUGGCCCCAAGGGAAGCGCCUGGCUGCCCCUUCCCCCACCUCCAGAGGUGCUUGAGCUGCCCUGGCCCCCCGGAGAGCACCAAGCACCCCGUGCACCUUGGUUCCUGCCGGCUCUGCCCCUGCCGCCACCCUGCCUCUGCCAGGUGUGGCCCCAGGAGCCUUCCCAUCACUGCACAGCUCAUCCAGGUUGUGAUGGCGGCAAGGUGGCACAUGCCCCAGGGGGUCUCGUGGCAAUCCCAGGACAGCUGCUCCAGCAGGCACCAGGACUCCCCUGGUUCCCACCAGCAGCCUCUGCAUCCACCGACCUGCUUGGCCGCCUGGUGCUGAGCCCCCUGGAUGGGAACCUGGAUUUGAGAGGCCACCUGGAGUCCAUGCCGCCGGGAGCCCAGCCUCCUCCCUCCUCGGCUCCCCUCCCGCGUGGCUGCGCCAGGGGCCUCCUCUUCUCCCCCGUCUCCGAAGAGCAGCUGCAGAAGGAGGCUGCUGAGGCCUUGAUGGUCCUGAGAAACUCCCCACAGCUGGCCCCCCCUGCUGCUGUGCCCCUCUUGCUGGCCUUCCCCCCGUCCCCAGGAGAGCCCGGGGGCAUGGGGGCACGGGAGGCUCUGCCAGCUGGGCGGGCUGGCACCGGUGGGUUCCCACCUUCGCUGUACUGCAGCGUUCUGCCUCAGCCAGCCAGGCACUUCCACCUGGUCCCCAGGCCGCCCCCCCGGGGGUCCCCAGCAGCCUCCACCCUCCU